CCGUAGUCUCUGUUGGUACUUGGUAGUGGUCCUUCAGCAUAUUACUACUCGGUUAAUUGUUGAGGAGAGUGACAUUUUUGAGAGAUAGAGCUAGCUAGCUAGAUGGAGAAGAAGGUGAAGGAGUUUCUGGAGCUGAGCCAGGACGAGUCAGAGGCCGUGUCACGAAUCGUUGUUCCACCCCAGCGACCAGGCACCGCGAGUUUGUACGAGGAUUUCGCUCUCAGAAGCAUCCGAGUCGACCGAGUCGAACCCGGACUCGUCGUAUGUACGCUCAAGGUUCCUCCCCGCCUCACCGAUAGAGCUGGAAAUUUGGCUAAAGGUGCCAUUGCAAAUGUUGUUGACAUGGUUGGUGGUUAUGUAACUUAUGUUGAGGGUCUCCCAAUGUAUGUUUCAGUAGACAUAUCGAUCUCCUAUAUAUCAACUGCAAAGCUUGAUGAUGAGCUAGAGAUCACCUCAAAAAGGUUAGGACAAAGAGGUGCUUAUUAUGGAGCAAUAGUGCUUCUGAGAAACAAAGCGACUGGGGAGAUUAUUGCUGAGGGCCGUCAUUCAAUGUUUCGUCCACGGUCUACUCACAAACUCUAAGUUCUUUACAAAUAUAUACAUCACCUUCUUUGAGAUCAACUGAUCAAGUAAUUACCCCCAUCAAUGCCAUCAUAAUGUUAGCAAAAGCAAUCAGAGGGAGCAUUCUUAUAAACUCUGGGGAGUAUGGUGUGGAUCCUUCCAUGUCAAUCAGUGGCGUAUGUAUGAAUGAUACAGAUAGAAGUCACUAACGGGUCACUCUGUAACAAACGUCAGACUAAAUGACAUGUACACAACUUACUAAUGGAGCUACAAAUUCUCUGAUACUCCAUGAGGCUAGAAAGAUUGUCAUACUGACCAGUGACCAUGGAGGCUCGUGAACACUACAAUUGUUCCCGAUGAUGCAUUGUUCUUCCCCUGUCUUGGCAGAGAUGUCUUAAACUCAGAUUGUAAGUUUGUAACUAAUUUCUUUUGUUAAUGAGCAUUUCUUGGACAGCAAAUGUAAGAUA